AUGCAAAAGUUAGUGGUAAUCGCCGCGCGAGAGAGCAAAGCCGUGCCCCCCCCCCCCACCCCCAGAGCCGCUGGAAGGAAGCAGCAGGGCAACGGCGCGCAGGAGGCUUUGUUCUGGGGCCACGAGCUCCUCUCAACUUUCCAGCGCUCGCCGCCGCUGACAAUUUCAGCUUGGGAACUGAAAAUAUCCCCACCCCCCUCCAAGGUCCCCACCAGCCCCGUCUCCAAGAAGAACCCUUUUGUAAGCAGGAACCGCUACAAAGCUGGCUGCCCGGGGCUGGCUGCCCUCCGUGCUAGCUCGCAGGCCGGCCUCGCCGUCCCCUUACCUGCUUUUCCCCUAUAUUGCAAUAUUGCGAAAGGCGGCGGCGGCGAAAAGCGAGCGAAGCCGCUCGGCUUCCAAGGAAGGGGCGCCUUGGCUGGCGGAGCUGGAGGGAGUGGGGGGGGAUGUUCUCGCAGAAGCAGGAAAGGGGAGGAGGGGGCUAAGGGCUGUUUUUUUUUUUUUUUUUUAAAGCGUUGCUCUGAGGCUGGGUUGGGGGGGCCCCGCGUUAAGUGGCAGGCGGCCGAGAGCAGGAGUGUCAGUCUCAGUCCUCGGCGUUCUCCUCCGCCUCCGGCUCCGCGCGAGCAGCUGCAGGAGCCCUCGGCCCGCGCGGCGCGGCUUCAGGCGCGGCGCAGCGGCAGCAACUGCUGCAAUCGCUGCUGCAAGUUUGGCAAUGUGGCUUCACUUUGUAUAUUCCCCCGCCCGGCGGCCCCCGCCCCCGCCCGCGCGCCUCCCGCUCCUCCUCCUCCUCCGCCUUCCUCCCUCCCGCGCGCUCGCUGGCUCGCUCGGGGCUGGCGGCGGUGGCCGCUCGGCCGAGCUUCCUGCCUCUCCAGCCGGGGAGCAGCCGCAGAGACAACAGCCCCGGAGCGGCGGCGGCGGCGGGUGCGGAGGCCGGGAGGGGGGCGCACGCGGGAGCCGGGGAGCUGCGGCCGGCCGGGGCCCGGCGCGCUGGAGCCUGCGCCGCUGCCCGGGCUGCUGCCGGGGCCGCUGCCGCUGCCCGGCUCGGAGGAGGAGGAGGAGGAGGCGGCGGCGGCGGCGGCAGCGCUGGCCUCUAGCCGGCUCGCUCGCUCCCUCCGCGGCGCUUACACAUGUGUUACUGACAGAGCAAAAUCCCAACUACUCCCCGGCUCUGCCGCCGACGUCAGCGACCCUCAGCCACUGGGCGGCCGGAUUGUUCAGGCGGAAUAA